AUAAGGGAGCGGAUUUAACCACACAGUUAAUUGAGAACAUUACCGCGCCUAUACAGUUAGCAUAUCCGGUUGACUUCCCGACUGCUGUAGGUGCAGCGAUCGUCACCACCGUGCCGGAUAUAUCCAAUUUCUCGAAUCAGUUUGCAGAAAUAUCUCAUAUACCAGAAGACAUUAUAGAAACUAUGAAGCAACCCCCCUCCGUCGAACUUAAAGAUAACAAUUUCCCCGCCGCCAUUAACUUUGGAUGGUCAGUGGGUGAAACGGCUCCAGCUAUCGGCUUCUAUGGCGACAAUUCAUUAUUUUUUGAAAAAGUUCCCGCUAAUGCCAGUGACGAAAUUAAAGCAGAGUAUAAAAUUUCCCAGGACGACGCUGUAGUCCUUCCGCGCCAGUUGAGUAUACCCACAGCGCCGCCGGAGGAAGACAACAAUUCCGAUGAGAGCGGACUCGAUGUCCAUUCUAUUGAGCAAGACGCUAAAAAGGAUUUUCCGAUAUACGAGGAGUUUGUUAUUGAACCGUCGGAGACCGAUGAUGAUAAAAUUGAAUACAAAGAAAGGGAGAAACUUUCAGAAGAUGCGCCGCAAGAUGUCGACACGUUUACGAAUAGAGUGGAAAGGUUCAAACAAAUGGAAACGUCCACGGAUGUGAUUGAUGACGGUGAGCUGCAGAAAGCCGUUAAACCCAUAACCUUAGCCACAUCCACUAGUCCAGCAGUGACGAUCGCGUCAUAUUUCGAUACUGGAAAUUACGCGGUCGAGAAUCAUUACAAAAAUUCCCUGACCUCACCAACGGCGAUGGCAUUCAACGCUAAUAUAACAUCGACCAUUCCACCGGGAUUCGAAGAUGAGUUCAAUAAAAACCUCGCAGGGAUUCCAUCCACGGAACCAGCAGUUGAAUUUAAGAUGGGAAAUAUAGUUCACGUACCAGAAACGUCCACUCAAACAUCUUUAUCGAUUUCGAAAACUUUUUCGCAAGCUAGCAGCGCUCCGUUAAACGUUGUGGCGACAGAAAUUGAGACGAUAAGUUCUUUUGAUCAUGACACUACAGCAACAAAAGCGGACAGAUUGCCAGAUUUUUCAAGUAUUAUUGAACCCAAACGUGAAAUUUCCGACGAUAUACCCUCAGUAUUCGACAACAAAACCGUAGAGACUACGCCUGCUGCUAAUACCUUGUCCGAAUCUUCAAAUUUAUUUUUAUGCGCUGAAAAUUCUGCUAAUGCAGAUGUUUACAGCAAUUUCAGUCGGCUCUCUAGCUAUUUUUCAUCACCGCCUCAGCCAGACCACUCGAAGUCUUUUUUUGAAUUAAGCCAAUCACAAAACCAUUACAGGCACAAACCCGAACAUUUCGAUUCCAUUCAGAGUAGUGUAAAAAAUUUCUUCCAAUCAGAUUCCACCAAAGGGCCAAGCAUUCCACAAAACACAUCACAAAUGAACCUAGUUCGCGAUUUAGCGUCCUAUAAAAGUUUCACCCCAAACGACGUAGUCAGGACCGUCAACUAUUUCACAGUCGAAUACGAUAUAGACACUAUAAAAGUCGGCGAACCGAAAUCAUCGAUAGAUUUAAGCGAAAAUCAUAUUAAAACCAACUACGACUACGACCAACCCAAUGAAUUAGGCAACACGAACGGCGCAAGCCUUAACAUAGACGACGUUAUAAAGAAUUGCAAAUAUUGCUGUGACACAAUCAAACGAGACUUAAAUUGCAAUUAUUCCAAACCAAAAACCUGCAUGGAUACGUCCGACAGCAAAAAAGGGGAUGCGAAUAUGGAAACCAAAAAAGAUGACAUAAAGAAAUCUGUGACCAUAAACUUUUGCGACCCCUCUUACAACGACACAAACGAAGGUGUCGUUGUAUCUUCAGAGAACCGGAGUUCGUCUGAGUACUCGCCGGUGAAGCAUCACUGGUUCUAUCGAGUCGACUGCGAGGGCAAAUCGAUAUGGCGCGGGUUUUCAGUCGCCGAUUCCAGAGCACUGGAAAACGCGUUUAUGAGCCCUGACCUAAACGAAAAUACAGUUGUAGCAACAGACGGGGGUAGAUUUGACGUGAACGUAGUUGGACGCCUUAGAAUUCCAGUAUACUGGUCGGAGAAACCAACGAACGUUAUGAGAUGUAGCUGGUUUUACAAAGGGAACAUAGACGCGAGAUACGUGCCGUAUGCCGAGUCGGUUGCUGAGAAAUUAGAGGAGGAAUACCACCACGGUGUAACGACGGGGGAGUGGCACAGGCGUCUGAUGCUGCCGAACAACGAAAUGGUGGUGAUGCACGGUCCCGCGGUCAUGGUACACUUCCUGCAGACCAGCCCCACAGACUCGUUCGGCUCGACGCCGCUGUUUACCUUUGGUAAGCGAGUGUACAGGAACCCUCCAAAAAUUAAGGUAGCCGGCGAUCAGCUCAACAAAAUAGACCAUCUCAUCUUCCUCGUACACGGCGCUGGUGAAUACAGAAACCAGAAGGAGAAAAUUCAAUCAGCAAUGCGCCCCCGUGUGGUUAGAAGAGGCUGCGUUGAAUCGGAAAUCGAGGAUACAGAGCCGUCCAGCAUAGACCACCUGCUGUUGCUGUGUCAUGGCGUCGGAUCCGCUUGCGACAUGCGUUUCCGGUCGGUGGAGGAAGUCGUGGACGACUUCAGGACAACCAGCCUUCAACUGAUUCAGUCACAUUAUAAGAAUUCGUACGACAGCGGCCUCAUCGGUAGAGUGGAGGUACUGCCAAUAUCCUGGCAUUCGAGUCUACAUUCCGGUGAGACGGGCGUGGAUAGGAGACUGGCUGCAGUUACCCUCGAGAGUAUACCCCGACUAAGGAACUUCACCAACGACACCAUACUGGACGUACUGUUCUAUACCAGCCCAGUCUACUGUCAGACCAUAGUUGAUACGGUCUGCAGUGAGCUGAACAGAAUAUAUGAGUUGUUUAAGUCGAGGAACCCCGAAUUUAAGGGCGGCGUCUCAUUGGGGGGUCAUUCCCUGGGGAGUGUCAUUCUAUACGACCUGCUCUGCCACCAGACGGCUCAGGAACUGGAUAUCAGUUCCAGUAAGCAGUACGUCCAGGGUUGCGCUGGAACAGGCCAGCCGACUGUCAAAUAUCCCCGGCUGGUUUUCUAUCCGGACGCUCUCUACGCGCUCGGCAGUCCCAUAGCUAUAUUCGAAUGCAUAAGGGGCGUGGAGACCCUGGGCAAGGACUUCUGUCUGCCGACCUGCAAGAACUUCUUCAACAUCUUCCAUCCCUACGACCCGAUCGCUUACAGGUUAGAGCCGAUGAUAAAUCCGUCACUAAGGAAUGUUAAGCCUUAUCUGAUACCACAUCACAAGGGAAGAAAGAGAAUGCAUUUAGAGUUGAAGGACACGAUGGCGAGGGUCGGAGCAGACAUCAAACAGAAGCUGAUAGAGUCUAUACGGAACACGUGGACCAGUAUGUGGAGGAAGGAGGCGGGCCAGGCGGAGGUCGGGCAAGAGGAGCCGGAGAAGGAGGAGCUGACGUCAGACGUCAAGGAGGAGGACGACCGCUAUGAGGCUACUCCUGAGGAGUUGGGGAAGCUGAACGGCGGCCGGCGGGUGGACCACGUGCUGCAGGAGGCGCCCUUCGAGAUAUUCAAUGAGUAUCUGUUCGCUAUGACCAGUCAUGUGUGCUAUUGGGAAUCCGAGGACACGAUGUUGGUGAUGCUGCGUGAGAUAUACAACGCCCUGGGCGUCACGCCCGACUGCAGCCUGCCGCAGAACACCAUGACCGUAGAGAGGAGCCGCGUCACGGAAGCCCAGGACGCCAAGAGCGACAUGUCUCCAGAAUUCCCAUCAACAAGCCGCGGUUCAAUGUGAUCCAUCAAACGGAGGCUUGGCUAAAUAUAGAUUAAAAAUGAUAAUUUAUAUAGUCUGUUGCUUUCAAAGAGUAUUUUUUACUUUCGAACAUUCUUAUAUGGAAAACGGAAUAGCGUAUUUUGUUUAAAAAAAAAAUCGAGGAAAAGCAGAAAAUGUUUUUUUUUUAACGAAACACCGUUCAAAGAAGCGGAUUCGGAAUUAUUGGGGAAAGAAAAAUCAAUUGUAUGUAAAAUACAAUACUUGAUGUAACUUUUAGAAAAAUAUAGAUAUAUAUGAUGUCUUAAUAAUUUAUUGUUCUUUCUAAUCUAUUGAUUACAUUCCAUGGAUUGUUGUUUAAAAAAAAAAUUCGUUAUACUUUGAUUGGUAUACGUAAUUAAACGAAUCCCAAUUUUCCGAAAAGUAUUCCUUUUUUUUACAUAAAAAAAUAAAGUCUUUUUUUUUAAGUCAUGAAACAAUAAUUAAAUACGUGUAGUUUACCUAAAUUACAUAAAUAUUUUGAGGAUCGCCGAUAGAUUCAAUUUAUUCGAACAUUUGGUUGUAAAAAUUGUUAGUGAAAUAUACAAAGAGGAUGGAUAAAUGAGGUUUUAGUUAAUUUUUUUUUUCCUUCAGCUCGUUUAAAUUUUUUCUGGUAAUUAAUCUAGUUGAAAUAUCGUUUUAUUUGAUUUGUUAUUAGUUAAUAUAUUUAUUUAUACAAAUAUCUUGUAUACUAACACGAAUAAAUGUUUAUAUUUUACUA